GGCGCCGGGACUGACGUCCAUAAUCAUCAGCCCAUCGGCGGAAGCGCGGCGCUCCUGGGAUCUUGUGGUUCGAUUGAGGCUGGCGGUGGAGGAACAUCGGGCAACCCGGCCGGACCGUCUUACCGUGCUACUGGAAUUCCCCGGCUGGGAACUCGAUUGAAAAGCCAAACUAAACUACUCCAACCCCCCAACAUGUAAACUCUUCCGAUCAAUCGAUAGUCUGAUCUGGUCCCUUUUGUUUUUUAGAUUUUCGCUUUCGACGUUGUUGCUCCUAGAUCUUUUACUGCUCCCAUUCACGUGAUUAGCUCAAACACAAGCUUCCUUUUUCUGUUGUAUUCAUCAAAUCUUCCAUUAACCUUGCAAUCAAAAUGUGGAGAAAGUUCCAGUUCUUGAUCGGUUUGAACGAAGAUUUUUUUUGAGUUAGUCCCCAGAUCCUUUCUUAUAUUGGGGAGAGAGAAGCGAUUGGGUUUCAUUUGGGUAUUGAUCGAAGCAACUUCAAAAGCCCGACGAACCCGAAGAGAAUCCAAUUUGAGCGAAAAAAACGAAUCCGGUCCAAAUGAGCGCCCCAGUCUAGAGAUUUAUCCGAGUGAUGGUAUCUGGAUCGAGUACCUUUGAACAAUCCGAUCCAUUCACAGCCUUAUUUGCCCGAACGAAACCUUGCAGUGCGAGCCCCGUGGCUUCAGUCCGCGUUCACGUCAAUCUUCCUUUCCGUUGAGGGCGCCGAUUUUCAUCCAAUCCUUAGUGUUUUCUGGGAGAUUCAGACGUCCUUCUAUUAAAAUGGAGAGUGAAGAAGAUCAAGUUAAGAAGGCGCGAAUAGUUGAAGCUCGAGCUAGGAACAUCAGUCACAAUGUACGUUGUACAGAGUGUGGAAGCCAGUCUAUUGAAGACUCACAGGCAGAUGUUGCAAUUCUCCUUAGGAAGUUGAUCAGGGAUGAGAUUAGGGCUGGCAAGUCUGACAAAGAAAUUUAUAAAAAACUUGAAGAAGAUUUUGGUGAGACAGUACUUUAUGCUCCACGUUUUGACAUUCAGACUGCUGCAAUCUGGUUGUCUCCGUUUGUGGUAGCUGGUGCAGCUGCCGGAGUCUGGGCUUACCAGAGACGGAGGCAGAAGACAAAUGUGUACGUUAUGACAUUAGACCUUGUGAGAGGCGUGCCGUUGACAGUAAAGGAGAAGCAAACGAUACUGGACCUCUUAACACCACCACCUGCUGAGAGAAGGUGGUGGUGGCAGCAGCUGUUUAACCGUGGAACAUAAGAUCGUAACUUGGCUUCUAUCGCUUAUCCUAAAUCUGUAGCUACGUUCAAAGCUUACGCCUUAAAAUUAUGAACUAUGAAGUUCGCCGUCUGAAAGCUUUUGUUACACGCGGCUUCUGUAAGUUAUGGUUGAUUCGUGGCAUGAUAUAAUGAUCUUGCGCCUGUUCAUGCUAGAGAGUAGACAACAAGCCAUGGCGACCUGUGCUUACAGUUGCCGCUGUCUCAGUCAUCAAAAGUCGGUUCCAUUUAUAAUCGGUUUUGGUUGUUUUAUACUCUACAUGUCAGCAAUUACUAACUCCUAACUGAUGGAACAUAAGAGUUCAAGCUAUAGGAGGUUAGACUAGCUGAUCAUAUCUCUCCAAAUCAGAAUGGUGAGUGCCUGACACUCUUUGUUCGA